CCCCGCCCCCUCGGCGAGCCGCGCCGCGCCGCGGUGAAUGCGAUGGCCACGGCUUCGCCGGAGCCGCUCCCCAGCGGCGAGGAGGGGGACGAGGAUGCGGGGGUGAGGAUCGAUGAUGAUCUUCGCGGCAAAUCGCACCAGGAGCUGGAGGAGAAGCUCAAACGCCUAGAGGGCGGCCUCAACGCACUCCCCCGCCGCCUACCAGACGGUGGAAAGAAGUACCGCCGCUCGCUCCUCGCUGUCCGCGGGGAGCUCGAGCGCCGCGCUCGCUUGGCCUCGGAUUCGGCCUCUUUCCGGCCGCUGCCGCAAGGCCACCUAGGCGAGCCGGAUGGCAAUAGAGGCGAACGGCUGAUCCAGUCAAGGUGUGCAGAACCGUCUGGUUUGUCUAGGAAAUGCAAUGAAAAUCAUGGAGUAAACAAAUCUGAUUUCCUUUCCGCAUUUGCGGUGGAUGAUGAGGCAGGCAUCGAUGUGGAUAUAACAAGUAUAUGCCCUGGCAAGACUAAAAUGUCAGUAGAAAAUAAAGGGAAAUCGUAUGAAGUGAGUGAAUCUUGCAAAACCAAUGCACAACCAACGCCUCCCAAAGUAUUAUGUAUCGACAACUCAAUCGACGUGGAAAAUAUGUCUUCUGACGACGACUUCAAGGAUAAUGACGAUAUUAGGAUAUGUGAAAAUGCUUCCACACCUUCUCGGAAAAGGAAAGGAGAUGACUCAGUAAACUUCUCAAUGCGGUUGAGACCAAGAAAGGCUCAAGAGGUGGUUCUACUCGAUGCAGAUGCACACCAUUCAGAAUCUGCAGAGAAGCCAACCACUAAACGGGAUGCAAUGAAGAUAUAUUAUCCUUCAAGCGAACACUCAAAUUCUAUUGAGCUUUGUGAUGAUGACAUAAAAUGCCUUGAGCCUGAAUCGUUACUUUCCUCACCUAUAAUGAACUUCUACAUUAUGUACCUUCAAGGGCCAAUGUCAUCAAUUAAUACACAAAGAGACAAGUAUCACAUUUUCAAUACAUACUUCUUCAAGAAACUUGAAGCCCUAAAAUCAAAGGAAGACAAGUGUUCUUAUUUCUUAAACCUGAGAAGAUGGUGGAAAGGCAUAGAUAUAUUUCAAAUGCCAUAUAUAUUAUUUCCUGUGCAUGCAGAUACCCAUUGGAGCCUGGUGAUUAUAUGCAUGCCAGCAAAGGAAGAUCUAUCAGGCCCCAUUAUACUUCAUUUGGAUUCACUGAAGUUCCAUAGCAGCAGAUUGAUUUUCAGUGUUGUUGAGAGAUUCUUAAAACAAGAAUGGAAUUACUUGAAGGAAAAUGGUUCUUUAGCAGAAUGUCCUAUACGAGAAACGGUGUGGAAGAGCCUUCCUCGUAAAAUUGAGAAGAAAUCAAUUGCGGUUCCGCAGCAGGAAAAUGAAUUUGACUGUGGCCUCUUUGUUCUGUACUAUAUGCAACGGUUCAUUGAGGAGGCACCUGAAAGGCUUCGCAAGAAAAACCUUUCUAUGUUUGGCAAAACAUGGUUUCAACCUGAAGAGGCUUCUGCAUUACGAAAGAAAAUGAAGACCCUGCUUCAUCAGUUGUUUGAGGAAGCGAAUCCCAGUAACAACAGUACAUCGGAGCAGACAGCGUGUCAGUUGCUUUUGGAAGCUAAAUCUGCAAACAAUGUAAUGGAGCCGGCAACGUCAGAACACCCUUUGGAAGUCGGUUCAGGUUCAGCUGAGGUGGCACCAACGUCUGAACGCCCUUUGGAAGUCGGUUCUGCUGAGAUGACACCAACGUCUGAACACCCUUUGGAAGUCAGUUCUGCUGAGAUGUCACCAACGCAAGAACAUCCUUUGGUGGGCAGUUCGGCUGAGAUGACACCAGUGCAAGAACAUCCUUCGGUGGGCAGUUCGUCUGAGAUGACACCAGUGCAAGAACAUCCUUUGGUGGGCAGUUCGGCUGAGAUGGAACCAGUGCAAGAACAUCCUUUGGUGGGCUGUUCUGGUGAGAUGGCACCAGCGCAAGAACAUCCUUUGGUGGGCAGUUCGGCUGAGAUGGAAACAACGCAGGAACAUCCUUUGGCGGGCAGUUUGGCUGAGAUGGAACCAACACAAGAACAUCAUAUGGUCGGCAGUUCGGCCGCGCAGAAACCUUUGGAAGGCACUUCGAACCGACCAACAAGUUUUGAGCACCCUUUGGAAUGCAGCUGAUUGAUGUUACCACCUUUGGAGCGACUUACGUUGCCCGUAGAAACCGGCUCGGAAUUGUGUAUUAUAACCGGGAAGGUGUUGUAGCCUGCAUCUGUAGGCAACUUUGAGGAAGGGGUGGUGUUGCAUAGCUGAACGUUACAGUUAAUGUAUCCACGGGAGCUUCCGUGUAUAUAAAAUAUCAGUAGGAAAACUGGUGGGUGUAUGACGAUAUGAGUCGCUCAGGGUCGGCUUAAUUUGUUGUUUAGUUUUUUUAGCCAGGCUGGGAGAGCACAAUCUAAGGCUCUGAUUAGACCA